GACGUCACGGGGCUGGGCCGAGGCGGACGUGUGGGGAGUUAUGAGAAGAGAGGAACGCCGGCGCCAUGUGUCCGCGCAGGGCGAGCAGCGAAACCUGUGGGAACUCGCUGGAAAAAAAUAAAUAAUGAAAAGGCAGAAACGCCAGGGUCACUUAUUUUUUUUUUACUUUUUAAAACUCCGGUGAAAAGGUCCCUCGGGGCGACUGCGAUGAAAUCGAGCGCCAAGCGUGAGGAAACGCCGUCAACUUGGAUUUCGCUUUCCCGACUUUCAAACUUGCGUGGUGUGGCGAGGAGGGCGCAGCGGAGGAUCUAGGGCCCGGUGGUCUGCCGCGCCAUGGAGAGGCAUCUGGGAGAGGGUGCCACGGCCGAUCUGGACCGAGACCGGCAGUAUUGCGAGCUGUGCGGGAAGAUGGAGAACCUGAUGAAGUGUGGCCGAUGCCGCAGCUCUUUCUACUGCAGCAAGGAGCACCAGAGGCAGGACUGGAAGAAACACAAGCAGGUCUGCAGAGAGGCCGAAAAAACCCCGCGCCCACCGCCGACGGACCCGCCGCAGAGUGGCCGAGACAACGCCAGGAAGGACGCGGAGGCGCAGCGGAUACUCCGCAAGAACAGCGAGAAAACAAGCCCCACGGCCCCGCGCAGAUCCGCUCCGGCGGGGCUCGCCGCACCGCCGUCGGACGCAGGAGGCACGAAAGACUUGAUCAAGCCUAUGCCUGACGCUAAAAAUGUAUGUGACAACGUGAAAACCGGGGACGGCAUUUCUGACAAAAAAGCAAACGGACAAACGCGAUCCUCCCCACAAAAACUGGCCACCGAUUAUAUCGUACCGUGCAUGAACAAGCAUGGCAUAUGCGUUGUGGACAACUUCCUCGGAGAGGACCUUGGGCUCCGUAUCGUGGAAGAGGUCCGUGCCCUGUAUUUAACCGGGGAGUUUACCGAUGGACAGUUGGUCAGUCAAAGAAGUGAUUCCACUAAAGACAUAAGAGGCGAUGAGAUCACUUGGAUCGAGGGGAAAGAGCCUGGAUGCGAGAUGAUUGCGGUUCUGUUGAGUCGCAUGGACGAUCUUGUCCGACACUGUAAUGGUAAACUGGGCAACUACAGAAUAAACGGAAGGACGAAAGCAAUGGUGGCUUGUUACCCUGGUAACGGCACUGGAUAUGUGCGGCAUGUGGACAAUCCUAAUGGCGACGGAAGAUGCGUCACAUGCAUUUAUUACUUAAAUAAAGGCUGGAAUGCCAAGGAACAUGGUGGCGUUUUAAGAAUCUUUCCAGAAGGCAAAGCCCAGUUUGCUGACAUUGAGCCUCUGUUAGACAGACUUCUUUUCUUUUGGUCUGACAGACGGAACCCACAUGAGGUCCAGCCUGCCUACACCACCCGGUAUGCUAUUACUGUAUGGUAUUUUGAUGCUGAAGAACGUGCUCGGGCUAAAGAGAAGUACUUAACCAGUGCUGGAGAAAAGGGCGUGAAGGUGGAUUUGAACAAGCCAUCUGAGCCAAGCUAACAGAAGAUGAGUGGGAAAACCCACCUGACGGAUGAGGAGUGGACAAACCUACCUAAUGUAUGAAGACAAGGAGGAAGGCGGAGGUGUGAGUCUCCGGAAUGUUGCUCCCUGCUGUUAAAGAACGGAAGAGUUCUGGGAUGACCGCAGGGAAGACAAAUUGCUGUGCUGUUUUUUCCUAUUUUACAUUCAUGUACACAGGCUUCUCCUAAUGACAUUGAAUGUGAUGGCCCUAAACUGUAGGGGCAGUGCAUUAACCAAGCACUGCGCUUUUCUCUACAAACAAUGCUGUCCCAUGCAGGCGUAUGGAAAAAGUACUUAAACUUAGGGACGUGUGUUUGUGCUUCAUGCAGAAAAAUGGUUGGACUCAUAAUCACUUGCUUGCUUAUGCUCUAUAAAAGAAGAAAAAAAAAAGGUACAGUCCACUUAGUAUACGACAGAGUACACACGUGCUACUUAAAAUUAUAAGGUGUUUGUUUAACUCGGAUAGCUACUGUUAUUGCUAUUUUUUGCAGCUGCUUUAGAGUGCAGGUGUUUGCACCUGUUCAUUGCAGGUUAUAUGAAAGGUGUCAGAGCAUGUUCUUCUCUCUUUCUUGCACUGGUUGCUGGAAUGACUUUGCCAGUGAUGCCACAUUUGUCUGUUGUUGCAGACAUUGUCUCAUGUUUGUCCAAAACCUAAACUGCCACAUCCUACUUGUCCUGCAGAUCUGAAUAAAAAAACAAGCUCUGAGCUCCGUGAUGUCUGUCUACAUAAUUGUAGCUCAAAGUUGUCAUUUGAUGUGUAUAACAUGAGAUUGUCCUGAACUGUGUAAAAUGUAUAACAUUAUCUUAUUCUGAGCUCAAGAACUUUCAAUUUCUGCGGUUACAGUUUGUCUAUAUGAUCUUCAGGCAUGCUUAUAGAAACAAAUGUGAGCAGGAAUUGCAAAAUACAUUCAAAUUAAUAUUGAUAAAAUAUAACAAUGCUUUUAAAAAUCAUAUAGACUUGCAUAAGUAUGCACUAUGUAUUUAGAAUUGAUUCCCAUAAAAGAACAACCAUUUAUGAAUAAAGUAUUUCUGAAUGUAAA